AUGGAUGAAAUCCAACAACAACAAAAUUGCGUUGACGAUGGUAGAAACUAUACGUUUCGUGAUUUGAAAUUAAUGCAUAUAAAUGCUGAACAACUACUUGAUUGGAAUGCUCCUAUUGAUACAAUUAGUGCAUAUGAAAGCUACAAUUUAACAACGAAAUCGUUCGAUAAUGAAAUCUACUGUAAUUGUUCAGAUCCGCUUUCGUUCGGUACUAGACGUGAAUAUAGGUUUCUAGCAGAUGAGACUGUUCUUGAAACAAUCGUUAAACAUCAAAUUAGCAGUCAUGCUGCAAAACAAUCGGUCGUAAAUAUUGAGACAAUGAGCAUGGACGAUAUAACAUGUUACACGGGUUUGUCGUGUAACAGUUCGCUGUGUUUAGAUUGGCGACAAGUAUGCAAUGGAAUUAUUGACUGUCAAGACGGUGAAGAUGAAGGCGAAAAGUGUUUACAAUUGGAAUGA